AAUUGCACAAAAUGUUAGUUAUUGUUAGUACAUACUGCUUGUAAGAAAAUCUUUCUGCAAAAUUGAUUUAAKUUAAUAUGUCACGCAAAGAAGCACUCUCACAGUUCAUUAAUCAGAUACACGGGCGUCCCGUCGUGGUUAAGCUAAACAGCGGCGUUGAUUACCGUGGUGUUCUGGCCUGCCUGGAUGGCUACAUGAAUAUAGCGCUCGAUCAAACGGAGGAAUAUGUUAAUGGGCAGCUCAAAAAUAAGUAUGGCGAUGCAUUUAUACGUGGUAACAAUGUGCUAUAUAUUUCCACCCAAAAACGGCGUGUAUGAGAGACUUAAAUGAAACUUAACAUCUUUUCACAAAUUCGGAAUAAAAAAGUUUUGUACUUGACUAAUACGUAGUGUAAAAUAAAUAACUAAAUUAUAGUAA